CGAACCCCCCUCCAAAAUACCUACAGGCCGCAUCGUGCAUUUUUUUUUUCUUCAACUGCAUCCGCAGCACAGCCGCUCUGGUCUCUCCGAAGAACAUCCAGACAGACCGACUCGCGCGCCAGGAGGGCCAUGCGAUCUUAACCUCUUCCUUUCCUCCACCACCAAGUAGCAACGACUACCAGCGCCGCCAGUAUUCAGCCCCUCCGGUAGGCCAAAGCGACCAACAUGUCACAAGUCGCCUCCCAGAACCGGUUCGCCUAUCUCGGCAACGACUCCGACGGCGAGGAGAAGCCCGUCGUCCCCGUCAAGACCGUCGACAAGGCCACCGCUCGCACCACCAAGCGCAAUGUCGAGCCUCAGGCUCCCGCGGCCCCUUUGAGGACUGGCGGCAACCGCCGUGGUAACCUCGGCGGCAACGAGGGCGCUUUCCGUGAUCGCGCCGCUGGCCGGGAACGUAACCAGGGCCGCUCUACCGAGGAGACCCCUAGAGAUGCUCCUCGUGGUGGUCAGGGUGCUCGUGUCCGUGGAGGCCGUGGCGGACGCUUCCCCCGUGACCGUGACGAUAGACACACCCACAAGUCCGGCGCCACUACUGGCUCCGACAAGCAGGCUGCUCAGUCUUGGGGUGCCACCGAAGGCAAUGCCGAGCUUAAGGACGAGCAAGCCGGUGAGGCCAUUGCCGAGUCUGAGAAGAAGGACGAGGCCGAGAAUGCCGCUGCUGAGGAGCCCGCUGAGCCCGAAGACAAGAGCAUCUCCUUCGCCGACUACCAAGCCCAGCAGGCUGAGAAGAAGGGUGCCUUUGACUCUGAGAUCAGCAUCCGUUCCGCCAACGAGGGCAGCAAGAUCGACAAGAAGUGGGCUGCUGCCAAGCCCCUCGAGAAGGAGGAGGACGUCUACUUUGCCGGCACCGGCGGCAAGAAGCAGCGUGAGCGUGAGCGCAAGGUGAAGCAGACCGUCGACUUCGAUCCCCGCUUCGUCGAGCCUGAGCGAACCCGUGGCGCCGGCCGCGGCGGUCGCGGUGGCCCCCGUGGUGGCCGUGGUGGUGACCGUGGUGGUGACCAGCCUCGAGGCGGCAGGGGCAACUUCCGUGGUGGACGUGGCGGCCAGGCUGCCUCUAUCAACACCAAGGACGAGUCUGCCUUCCCUAGCCUGGGCAACUAAACUACCAGCGACUCAUGAAGUCCUCAAAGACCCUCUCCUUGGCUGAUGGACCGGGCAAAAUUUUACAAUGUGCUUCCCGCAUUAAGAGAACCAAAAGGAGAAUCCAAUAUGUGUGGAGGGCUUUCAAGCCUCUUUUUAUGUUUUGAUAGUUGACCAAAAAAAAAGAGAAAAAGUUUGAUUAUAUGGCUGUGGUUGGUCGUUGGAACUGACUCGAUUUGUACAACUUUGGCUGAAAAUAUCUGCCGCUCUCCCCUGAUUUCUUUCUGUUAUCAACUGAGUUAUCUGCAACGCCAAGUGGAUUGUUUCUUUUCGUCCCUGUUUCCUUCUUUUUCCAUGUACGUAAGGGUAAGGGGUGAGAAUAAGACGAGGAGAGAUAGGGGAGAGAAAAAAAAGCAAGUUUG